AUGGCAUCUCCCAUAUUGAUCUCGAACCCACCACCGGGAUUCUCACUUUUGGCAAUCCUAAGAGGGUUUCAGUUGGCAAUACUAGGUGCUUACCGAACUCUUCAGAACCCUUCGCUCCUUACUCAAAAGUACUAUCGCCAGUCUUUAAUAGCUAUUCAAGCGUCGCUUGUGAUCCAGGGUCUCAUAUGGUCACCAAUCAUUUUACUUCGAGUGUUGGUGAAAGUCGCUGCAUUGGCCACGAAAUCUAAAGGUCUUGAUCACGUUGUGGCUAGUUUGAAGUCAUUCCAGUUCAAUGUGCUUAACAUUUCUGUUUUCUUGAUCUCAGGGUCCAGAUACUUCAACAAACAGUUGGAUGACCUAUUCUUGCAAAGCUUGCAAUUUGUUGACCAGGUUCGUAAGGCCAAGCAUCCCGAAACGGAACGUGUUUACCAUGAAAAUCUUGUUGCUCUCAGCACUGAUGAAAGAAUUACUGAUAACCGGCCUACAUUUGACAGCAUCAAGAAGAAAUGGGCUACUUCUCAAGAAUUCUCGACAUUCAUGCGCAGACACAUUAAUCGGACUCUCAUGAGUGUUGGCGCCUAUUUUGUGAGUAAAAUACCCUUCUUCGGGUCCGUCAUCCUCGGUCUUAUUUCAUUUCUGAACUUGGAUGGCAAGAUCGGCACUGUCAAUGCAGCUGUCAUAUUCGGUUUACUUCAACUCAUACCAAAACGUUGGGCAGUGUUAUUCCUCACGACGUACUGGGGUUCAAGAAGUAUGCUUCACGACUUGUUGGCUCCCUACUUCUCGCGAGUCCGGUUCACCAAAUCCGAGAAAGAUCAGUGGAUUAGAUCUAGAGAGGGCCUCCUUUUUGGCUUUGGAUUGUGCCAUUAUCUUCUCAUUCGCAGAGCACCUUGGAUUGGUCUCUUGCUCUACGGUUUUGCAGAAUCAUCUGUUGCAUAUCUCGUUACAAAAAUUACAGACCCCCCACCAAAGCAGGUCAGUCAACUCAUAAAGUGGAACUCUUCGCAACUUGUCUGGAACAGAGAGAAGGAGCUCGAUCUUUUGUCUGGACUGUUUGCCGAUAGCGAUGAGGGUUUCCAGCCGGUUCCUGGUUCUUAUAUAUUUCAUCAUUAA